CAGAGUUUCUGGAUUUGUACCACCACCAACUACAACUUCUAUACACGUCUCAGGACGCGUAAUUUUUGCAUCUUUGCUGCUCUGCUACUUCUGCUCUCUUCUUCACGCCUUCUUCUUUGCCAUUGCAAGCGAUUGCGCCCCGACACAACUACCUUUUCGACGCGACGACGACGCGUUUACCAGCUGCGACCACCACACCUUCCACCACCUCUUCGCCAGUGACUGGCUAUUGCCACGUCGCGAUGGCUUCAUACAAGAUCGGCCAAACGGUCGAGACAUUGGCUCAGCAGCAGGGCACCAUUCGGUACAUUGGACCGAUCCAUGUCUCUGAGGGUACUUGGCUUGGUAUAGAGCUUAGCUCUGCCACGGGCAAGAACGACGGAUCUGUCCGCGGUGAACGGUACUUUGACUGUCCUGCACAGCAUGGUCUCUUCGUCAAGGAAGCCAACAUCCUGAGGGUUGUGUCUCCACCCCCACCAAAGCCUGCUGUGAAACUCAGAGCUGCUGCACCUGCUGCUGCACCUGCACCUGCCCCCACUCUCAAGUCACGGUCAUCCAGCAUUGUUUCAAAGCGCCAGUCCGUGGUGCCUGCCACAACAAGAUCUACUCUGCGAGGCCCAGCACCAGCGAGGAAGCCUAGCGUCGCCAAUUCCACAACUACCGACAGUGCUCUGAAAAGCUCUAGGCAUAGCAAUUCUAGUGUUGCUCAAUCGACCACCGACAACUCUCUGCGGACCUCCAGGUCUGGCAAUACCGAUGCUCUCCAGAUCAAAAUCCAACAUCUCGAGAAGCAACAUGCCGAGUAUCAGGAGCAACUGAAGGAGUUCACACAAGCCAAAGAUGACCGUGACAAGUUCAACGGCAUCAUCCAGAAGCUCAAGGUGAAAUGCCAAACUCAACACCAAGAGGUACUGGAGACCAAAGAGCAAGUCACAACUCUUCAGGUCGAGAACCAACAACUCUCAAAGGCACAACAAGAGCAAGAAGCAGACUACGAAAUCGCUCUCCUAGACAAGGAGAUGGCGGAGGAGAAGGCCGAGCAGGCCGAGGCGGAGAUCGAGGCGCUGCGGGCGCGAGUCGAAGAACGUGAUUUAGAGCUAGAAAUUCUUCGAUCUGAAGCCGAGCUCCUUACAACUGACAUGACCGAAGAGGACAAGGAGGCGGCAGGUUUUUUCAAGUUGCAAGAGGAAAAUGACCGGUUGCGAGAAGCGCUAAUCCGACUGAAAGAAUAUGCAGAAGAGAGAGAAAAGGAGCACAAAGCGUGUAUCUUAGAGCUCGAGGAGGAGACCUCUCAGGUGGAUCUCAUAAAACAAACGAACGCGUCGCUUUUGGAGCGCCUGCAGAACACGGACGCCUUUGUCUGCGAUUUGCAGCAACAAGUGGAUGCUUCCAACGAAUGGGAAGAGAUGGUGGAAGUUCUCUCUUCGAAGAACCAUGACCUCGAGGAGAGUGUGGUUGAGAAGGACCUCGUCAUUAAGGAUCUCGAGAGCCUGAGGGAGCUGAACGAGGAGCUUGAGCUUCAAAGGAUGGAGGAAGCCGACGAGAUGCGUGCAGAACUCGAGGUUAAGGACAGCGAGCUUGCGGAACAUCUCCAGCGCCUUUUGGACCAGUCUGCGGUCAUUGAGGAGCGCGAUGAGCUCAUCACCAAGUUCCGCGAGCUCAUCUUUGAGCUGCAAUCUCGAAUGGCUGACGCCGAGUCUUCGAAAACCAUGACCGAGACUCAAGUUCAGGAAACAACUGGCCGCUUCAAUCAGGUCAUGGAGAUGAAUAGGCGACUCCGCACGGCGAACGUUCAUGCGACAAAGAAGGAGAUAUCUGCCCAGUUGGACAGAUUGAGAGGAGACGAGCUGACUGAGAAACUCGCUGUCUGGAUUGAGGUCGGAUCAGACGACUUUUCCAAUGGUGAGGCUACCGGAGCUUACUUCACGGCAAAACGUAUCUCCUUCAAAGCCUCGCUUCUUAGCUCACUUUUCGCUACCAACGACCGUGACAUGAGCCACAAUGGCGGUCUUGAAGAAGCCCUAGCCCGGCUGUCUUGCGUCGAAGCUAUAUAUCAUCUCGCAAACAUCAAGAACGGGAGCGAACGGCUGUGGUCGGCUAUGGCGGUCUCCACGCUGUCACGAUUUGCGAGUUUCGGGCCUUCGCAUCAAGAAAUUCUUGCGAUUGAAAAGGUUCUGGAUCAGGGUCUCGGUGCACUUAAGGCAGACGAGGUCAACUAUGCCGAUCUGGCCGGGUCUUUCGGCCGCGUGACAAAGAUUCAGGAAGCCUUACUCCAGAGUCACCUCGAUGCCCUUGCUGCUGCGCCCGAAGACGAGGUUCGCUUCCGAGCCUGCUCUAUCACUGCUAAUCUGGGCUUCUUGGAGUCAAAUUUCGCAGUCGUGAACACGUUUCUAGUGUUCCUGAUCUCCACCAACGAGGAGCUCGCCGAGCAGGCAUCAGACGUUCUGGAGCACUUCAAAUCACCAUCAGCUGUUUGCAGCAAGGCUGUGCUGGCCGCGAACAAGCUGGUUAAACACCUCGGCGCCCUUCGAGAGGAUGGCAUGUAUCCUGAAUACCCAGCAGGCCUGGAAGCACUUGUCCAGCAGGAUGCAUACUUGACUCAGGUUGCCACUGAAGCGUCACAAUGGGCUAUCAAUGCGGUAAAGAUCGUCACCGAGACCUUUAACCCAGACGUUACUUUGCUCAGAUUGGAUUGUGAUCUCGUCAAUCUAUUGCUCUAUUACUGGGGCAACGGAAUGUCACAAAUGAGCGAUGUCGUGUCGAUCAUCGAUGAGUGGAAUGAAUACGCAUCCGUCUUGAUGCACAGUGUCGAGAUUGUGCAUGGACCAGCCCCGUGGACGGAAAAAGCCAAGGAGGUGGAGUCCGAGAGGAGAGGAAACGACACUGCCUUGGAACGCCUGCAAACUCUAACGGCUGAGCAUCAGAUUACGCGCCUCAAACUUUUGGAGCGACAAACGGUCAUCGAAACGAAGGAGCUCGAGAUCGAGCACUUGCUUAAGAGGCAUGAGGAAGCUUCGGUGAAGAUUGAAGACCUUGAACGACUCCAUCACGAGCACACAGAGGCCCAUGAGGAGAUCAUGCGUCUGCAGGUGCAGGUGAGGGGCCAGCACCUUGAAAUCGAUACUUUGAAGGAGCGCAUUGCUCGGUCGGAGCGAACUGAUGAGGCCGACCAACAGCUAGACCUCUCGACUUCGGUCACAGGACAAGAGCUAGCGGAGCCCGUGCUGGCGCCGCGAAGUCCUCCAGUCGGCUUCAUAACACUCAUCAAUGCCCUCCAGGACGAAAACCAUUGGUUGCGCCAGAAAGAGUAUGCAGAUGUUUUCAAUUGCAAUCUCCGGGGUAUAUUCGUUAACAAGAGAGGGGAUGCUUCGCCUUGGGAGCAAGAUUGGGCUGAUCGUUUGCGCAACACUGCAAACAGCAUGCUCAGUGUGUCUUGCGUCGGCGAAACUAAGGACUUCCCGCAAACACCCUUGAGGUCUUCCAAGUACCCCAAAGACUUACUCGACCCCGACUUUGAGCUUGGUACACCAGAUGCGGAAUCAACACCACUCCCCUCCCGCGAACUACGAUCUGGCCGAUUUAAGAGGUCACUUCCGGAUCUUAGUCCAAUACAGACCUCCUUCAACUGGCAGCCUUCGUCUUCUACGCAUGAGCCAUCUCUAUCCAUGCUCGAAAGAGAUAGCUUGAUGGACUUGUCACCGAUAUCGGAGGAAUUCAGCGCGGAGAUGACGGCGAUGCUCGAGAACUUUAGCGAGAUCGUGUUGACCGCAGAUGCGGAGAGCUUUGGGGAUAGUUUUGGUGAGAGCUUCAGCGAGAUCAUUUUGCCUGGGCGUGUUUGAUUUGUUAGGAUGAGUUGGAUGUGGUUUGGAUUCUUUCUGUGGUAUUCGGGCAUGUAGUGGAGUUUCUUUUGGUUAUGUUUCGGACCACCUUCCAUCACGGCUUGAGGGGAUCCUCAUUUGGUUGUAGCCGCCCGAGAGGGCUGGCUCCCAUGGGGUGAACCAAUACAGCCAGGUGGAAGGUUGGUUUGGAUCUAGGACAGUGUUUUUCUCGGGCGUUUUGGGCGGGCAUUGGGACUGGUUCUUGUAUACUGCAUGGUGUUCUGGAUGGAUGGUUUUGAUUUCACAGCACUAUACCCCAUGGGCGGCAUUCGUUUGUUUUUAUCAGUUUUUAUGGAAUGAGUAUUGUUGUUGCGACUUGCAAACCUUCUUCACUUUUCUGUAUCUUCUUUUGAUUGCAUACAACUAGCUCAAGACCUCGGAGCUGACAUCUCAA